AUGGGCGAAGGCGGCUAUCGUCAGAUCAACAAGACUUUGGAUAUCUGCGCAUUUGAUGACUAUCUGGCCACCCAGCAGUCACGAUUGCCAAAGUUGCUCGAUGUCGAACAGAUCAGUCCACGGGUGAUUCGUGUCCUCGGACAGAAUGCGGGAAAGUUCACGCUCCAAGGCACGAAUACAUACAUCGUCGGUACAGGAAAGCAAAGGCUCAUCAUUGAUACUUCACAAGGAUAUCGCGCAUGGGCGGACCUGAUUGACACGACCUUGAGCGAACGGUCCAUCGAACUGUCCCAGGUAUUCCUGACGCACUGGCAUGGAGACCACACCGGGGGUGUACCAGACUUGAUCCGGAUGUACCCUCACCUCACGGAUAGUAUUUAUAAAAACUCCCCUGAGCAUGGCCAGCGACCGAUCGAGGACGGCCAAGUGUUCUGCAGCGUCGAGGGAGCUACGAUCCGGGCUGUGCACGCACCAGGCCACUCGCACGACCAUAUGUGCUUCAUCCUCGAGGAAGAAAAUGCCAUGUUCACCGGGGAUAACGUACUCGGACACGGAACUAGUGCUGUCGAAGAGCUAGGGCGGUACAUGGAGACCCUGCGGAAGCUGCAGUCACACCAAUGCGUCAAGGGCUAUCCAGCUCAUGGCGAUGUCAUUCCAAACCUGCGGGCUAAGAUCGCCGGAGAACUAGCAGCAAAGACGCGCCGUGAGAAGCAGUGUCUAGCUGCACUGACUGCGGUGCGCAGAAGGGAUCGAUCAGCCAGUGUGACAGUCAGCGAGCUGGUUGAUGAGAUCCACGGGGGUCACAUGGACGAGGAGGUGCGGAAGAGGGCAUUGGAGCCAUUCAUGGAUGAGGUUCUCCGAAAGCUCACAGAGGAUGGAAAAGUGGCAUUUCGAGUACGGAAGGGGGAGAAGAAGUGGUUUGUACUGAAUUCAGGAUGGGCUUGA